AUGGCGCCGGAGUGCGGGAGCCCCUCGGGAGGCCCGGGUGCAGUGCCCCCAUCCCGGCGAUCUGCUCGCAGGGCCCCUCUCCCCGGGCACCCGUCGCUGUGGGCUCCUGAUGGCCAUAUUUUUCUGGAAGCCUUUUCUCCAGUUUACAAAUACGCACAGGAUUUCUUGGUUGCCAUUGCUGAGCCUGUCUGCAGACCGACCCACAUUCAUGAGUACAAGCUGACUGCGUACUCGCUGUACGCUGCUGUGAGCGUUGGCUUACAAACCAGCGACAUCACAGAGUAUUUGCAAAAACUGAGCAAGACUGGUGUCCCAGAUGGAAUAAUUCAGUUUAUCAAGCUGUGUACUGUCAGCUACGGGAAGGUGAAGCUGGUGCUGAAACAUAACAGGUAUUUUGUGGAAAGUACCCACCCUGAUGUUAUUCAGCAGCUUCUGCAAGACCACGUUAUUAAAGACUGUCGCCUGAGAAAUGCUGAGGGUGAAGAAACGGAGCUCAUUACGGAGACAUUCACGAGUAAAUCAGCAAUUUCCAAAUCCAGUGAGGGUGGCCUUGGUCCGUCAACAUCACAGGGAACAGAUUCUCAGAAUAAGCCAGAUGUCCCAGCUGACUUGUUUGAGUUUUAUGAACAGAUGGACAAAGAUGAAGAGGAGGAGGAAGAAACACAAACAGUAUCUUUUGAAGUCAAGCAGGAGAUGAUUGAAGAACUUCAGAAGCGUUGUAUCCAUUUGGAGUACCCCUUGCUGGCAGAAUAUGAUUUCAGAAAUGAUUCCGUGAAUCCCGAUAUUAAUAUAGAUCUGAAACCUACAGCUGUCCUCAGGCCCUAUCAAGAGAAAAGCCUAAGGAAGAUGUUUGGAAAUGGACGAGCCAGAUCUGGUGUUAUUGUCUUGCCAUGUGGUGCUGGCAAGUCUCUAGUUGGAGUGACAGCCGCGUGUACUGUCCGCAAGCGGUGUCUGGUCCUUGGUAACUCUGCAGUGUCUGUGGAGCAGUGGAAAGCCCAGUUCAAGAUGUGGUCCACCAUCGACGACAGUCAGAUAUGUCGGUUCACUUCCGAUGCCAAAGACAAGCCCAUCGGCUGUUCUGUUGCUAUCAGCACAUACUCCAUGUUGGGACACACGACAAAAAGGUCCUGGGAAGCAGAAAGAGUAAUGGAGUGGCUUAAAAGUCAAGAGUGGGGCCUGAUGAUACUUGAUGAAGUACAUACUAUCCCUGCAAAAAUGUUCAGACGUGUGCUCACUAUUGUACAAGCUCAUUGUAAGCUGGGGCUGACUGCUACCCUGGUCAGAGAAGAUGAUAAAAUUGUUGACCUGAACUUCCUGAUCGGACCAAAGCUCUAUGAAGCCAACUGGAUGGAGCUGCAGAACAGUGGCUACAUUGCUAAAGUCCAGUGUGCUGAGGUGUGGUGCCCAAUGUCACCUGAAUUCUAUAGAGAAUACGUAGCCAUCAAAACAAAGAAACGGAUCCUGCUGUACACCAUGAACCCAAAUAAAUUCAGAGCCUGCCAGUUCCUGAUUAAGUUUCACGAGCGACGAAAUGAUAAAAUCAUCGUAUUUGCUGACAAUGUGUUUGCACUGAAGGAGUACGCAAUCAGACUUGGGAAACCCUACAUAUACGGCCCUACUGCACAAGGAGAAAGAAUGCAAAUUCUACAAAACUUCAAGCACAAUCCAAAAAUCAACACGAUUUUCAUCUCCAAGGUCGGUGACACAUCCUUCGACCUGCCGGAAGCCAAUGUUCUGAUUCAGAUCUCGUCCCAUGGUGGAUCUCGAAGACAGGAGGCUCAAAGACUGGGACGAGUGCUGAGAGCGAAGAAAGGCAUGGUUGCAGAGGAAUACAACGCCUUUUUUUAUUCUCUUGUAUCCCAAGACACUCAGGAAAUGGCAUAUUCAACGAAACGACAACGGUUUCUUGUAGAUCAAGGUUAUAGCUUCAAGGUCAAAUACUUGAGAAUUCCAGUUGUGGAAUGUCUUAAUGAAGGUUUUGCUCGCAAGCAAGAACUGUUCCCGUAUUGUUUUAUCAUCUGUAUUACUGUGAGGGUAGAUACAAGUAGCUUAGUACAGCUUCUAGAAAG